UAUUUUUUUUUUUUUGGAAAAGUGUGUGAAAAAUUGUGUUUUAUGCUCGGUCACAAUUGGUGAGUAAUGAAAUCACAUAUUUCUGCAGUCAUAAAAAUUAUAUAUCUUAGCUUAUAUAUCACAUUCUAGGGUUACUAUUAGCCUAUGCAUAAAAAAAAAAAAACCUUAUGCAACAUUGAUAGGAACACUGAGAUAAAAUAUAAAAAUAUAUAAAAUAUAACAUCAAAUUUUCAUAUCAAUGCUACGAGUAUUACAACAUCAUUAUUGUUUUUUUUUUUUGUUGUUUUAUUUUCAAUAAAAUUUGAAUUUUUAAUUUAGUGCAAUAUUUUGUCAUUGCAACAUUUUAGUGUAAUUUUCACUAGCAACUGCAACUGGAUUUAUAUUGUAUACCUAAGUUCACUGUUAUCCCACCGGUCACUAUUGUGACCAUCAACAUGUUUACUCAUUCUAUGGCCACACUCAACAAAACUGAAUAUAUGCGAAUGCAUAUAUUAUACUAGACACCCUAAAGAUAAUGUGUACCAAAAAUCUUUGUCAUAACUUUAUGUUAACAUACUUUACUAGCCUUUCGUUUUGGAGCCUUGAUGCAGCCAUCAUCUGCUCAAGGUGCAAACAGGAAAUAAACUGCUCUGCUCAUGUGACAAUUUGCACUAAUCAUGUGAAACUGCUCAUAUUUUAUUGACCCUGCGUCCCAAUGUGCAUACUAUCCACCCUGUCUUCCCUAAAUAGUAUUGAAAAUUACUGAUAUCACAAAGAAUUUAGGAUGGAUAGUAGGCACAUUGGGACGCAGGUUGAGACCCUUUAUUUUUUCCAUAUUUGCAGGAAGUGCACUAAAACAUCAGUAAGUAAGGUUUUUAGAGCUUUAUAAAUGAAAACUUUUUUUACGGUCACUAUUGUGACCGGUGGGACAAAAUGGGUUAAUUUACACUAUACACAUUCCUUUUUUUUUUUUUUUUUUUUUUUGCAUAUUCAAAAUCCAAAUUUGAUACUCAAAUUAUAGAGAACUUUUUGUUUAUGAGGACUUCAGAUCUUCGAUCAGAUUCCCUUACCAAACUGAGACCACACAAAACAGUAUUUCCACAACAAAUUUACGUAAUCGCCUCCAUUAUGAGAAUAUGGAACAAUAUUGCCCCCUUGUGGGUUUAUUUUUACCCUUAAUUUCUGCUGUUUAUCAAACGCGUGCAGCGCUCACCUAAAUAGCAACCGCAACCACCGCAGCACUUUCAUAAACACCUAUUUUUCGUUGCGUACUGGAACAUGUUUCUGAUCCACAAGGCCAUCGUGUGCAAUAACAAAAGGUCACUGAGGUACUUUGAACUAUUUUUUAUUUUAUUUUUUUUCAUGUUGAGUAGUCUAAUACCACCUUUCAAAAGUUGGGGUUUCCUAAGAUGCGAUCUAAGGUUUUUGAAAGUAGCUCAAAAAGUAAAAACAUUAGGCUAAUAUUGUGAAAUAUUUUUAAAAUAUAAAAUUUUAAACAUACUUUAUUGCUGUGAUCAGAGCUGAUUCUUUGAUCUGCUGACGUUACUCCAGUUUUCAGUGUCACAUGAUCCUCCAGAAAUCAUUCUAAUAUGCUGAUUUGGUGCUCAAGAAAUAUUUCUUAUUAUUAUUAUCGAUGUUGAAAAUGGCUGAGAGUGCUGCUUAGUAUUUGUGUGGAAACAGAUACAUUUUUCACGAUUCUUAGAUUCUUUGAAAUAGAAAUCGCAUAAAUGAAUGUAAAGGUCCUUAAUGUCACAUUUGACAAUUUAAUGCAUCCUUUCAGAAUCCACUUUAAAAAAAUAAAAAUAAAAUAAAUUACUGACCUCAAACUUUUGAACAGUAGCAUUAACCAGAAUCUCUGAAAUUAUCUCAUAUAUAUUUUUGAGACGAACUACUUGGGAUUUUCAGAUGUGUUUGAGAUUAUUAAAACAAAGUUGCUAUAACUGACUAAGAUAAAGGAUUAGAUUAUAUUUCAUUAUAAUGAUAUGACUAUUUUUAAAUACUUUAUUUGCAUAUGGCUGGUCUGUACAGAGGACAAAAUUUAUUUGUAGGCCAUUUAUGAACAUUAAAUGUCUUCACGCAAGAUCUUGCAACUUAUUUGACAGUUCAGGAAUAUACAUUUUUGACAUUUUGAAUUUUUGAAUUAAACACAGAUGAUACACUCCCCAUCAACAAUUCAAAAAUGUCAGCAUAGUGCUUGUUCUAGUAUUUUAGUCAGAUCAAAAAUGUCAUGGAGCAAAGUUCAGUUAUCAUAUUGCAAUUACUACCAAGAUAAAAGCUAGUCAUACUCGCACCGACUUGAACCUUCAGACCUUUGAUUUAUGGCAUGUGCAGUUAAGGAGGUGGGAAUGGGAGGAUAAGUGAGACCUGAUCCCAGUCACCGGCACAGCCCAUACUAAUGUAUUCCCAGUGCUGCAUCAGAGUGAAGGCUGUGAGCUUGUCAAACUCUGAGCUGCCAGUGCCACAUUUCCUGUUGUUGACAGGCGAGGAGCACAGCGGAGGCUGCACUGAGCUGCGUGUAAGGACUCGCAUUUUAUCAGCUGGAGUGCACACAGACACACUCAGAGAGCACCCUUUCACAGGAAGAGUUGCUAUCACUUCUCAGAUACACAGACGCAGAGGAAGCACUGACACUGAACCUCUUACCAACGGCCCAGAAAAAGGAGCUGCUCCACAGAUGGACUGACUCCCUCCAUCCAGAGUUUGACUGAUGAAAACAAGUGGGAUCUGCUUUGUUACUUUUGUCUGUUUUCACCUGAUCUGAGUGUCUACCCAGGAAGUGUUAUGGUUUUGUUCUACAUGGGAUCGGAUAAAACCUCAUCUACAGUCAUGCAGCCUGAGGACCCUGUUCGCCAGGACAUGCAGUUCUACUAUGUGGGUGACCAUACGUGGGCCACCAUGCUGGGGCAGAGCGUGAGGCUUCAGCCGGUUUCCAUCCAAAGCCUCUCAGAGCUGGAAAGAGCACGUCUGCAGGAGGUGGCCCUUUACCACUUGGAAAGAAGAGACCUGGACUUUAAGAUCAGCAUACCUAGAGAGAUUCGUAAGAGGAGGAAAUCUUUACGGAGAAAGUUUGACUCCUUCUCAAAAGAAAAGAAAGAGCGAGAGUCUGCGCCCAAAGCAUUCGGUAUCCCGCUCGCGCAGGUAAUCGCAAACGACCGGGCAUACAAGCAAAGGCAGGAUGCCCUGAAAGAGAGCCGACGGGACUGUCUGGACCUGGAGGCCAGUGUUCUUCACUUCCGUGCCGAGAAAUGGCAGCACAAUGGAAACCGGCCGCUGGGCAAAACAGCCUUAUCACCUGAUGCUGCCUCCUCGCCAGCACUAGAGGCCCACAGCAAACCUCCCUCAUCAGUGUUCAUGGACAACACCUCACGCACACACAGACGGGGAGGGAUGUCUGUGGACUCCAUCUCUGAUAUGGUUGAGAGUCAGUCCAGACUACUUGAAGCUCUGCAGCUCUCUCACCCUAAUGAGCUGGAGUUGAAAAAGGCUGCUGGUCGCACACAGGCCAAACUCAGUCUCAAUCCCAUCUACAGACAAGUUCCCCGAGUGGUAGAGCGCUGCUGUAACCACAUUGAGACCUACGGGUUACAAACUUUGGGGAUUUUCCGUGUAGGCAGCUCCAAAAAAAGAGUCCGUCAACUGCGCGAGGACUUUGACAUGGGGAUAGAUGUCGCGUUAGACGAAGAGCACAGCGUUCAUGAUGUGGCUGCAUUACUGAAGGAGUUUCUGAGGCACAUGCCUGACCCUCUGUUACCACGGGAACUCUACCGGGCCUUCCUGCACGCUAACCUGUUGAGGGGGGCAGAUCAGUUGACAUACCUGCAGCAGUUGUUGUACUUGUUGCCACCCUGUAAUUGUGACACCCUGCUGAGACUCUUGACGCUCCUUCAUACAGUACAGGAGAAUGCAAACAGCUCCACUGGGCCAAAUCAGCAGGAGAUCUCAGGUAAUAAGAUGACGGCAGCAAACCUGGCAGUGAUCUUUGGGCCCAAUCUCCUGCAGAAAGAGAGAGGAUCAGAGAGAGAGCUCAGUCCUCAAGCUCUGGGCAUAGAAGACAGCACUGCUAUCAUCUCAUUCACCCUGAUGCUCAUCCAGAACCACCAACAUCUCUUCACGGUGUCUGCUGAGCUGCAGCAGGAGGUGCUCAUGAGCCUCAUUCAGACGGACCCUGAUGUCAUUGACUAUCUGCUGCGCAGGAAACUCAGUAGUAGCAGCCUGACGAUGGAGACAGACUCCGGUGGAAGGAGGGACACACAGGCAUCUCUGGACUCUGUGGGUCAGUCCAGUGACGACCUUUCAUCCCUGGAGCCACUGUGUCCUCUUUACCCAGAGACAUCUGCGAUAGGAAGUCUAAGCAGUGAGGUCUUCCUCAAUGUUCUUCAUCUUAACACCAACAGGAAGCGGUCCUCUGAGGUCCCACCCAAGUCCAUUGGUAAAAUGAGACAGUUUCAUUCCCACCACAACCUGAUGAGUCUGUCCCAGUCCUCCUCUAAUGCCCAGAGUGAAGAGCGAGAGCUCCAGGAGCAAAGGCAAGGCAGUUCAAGGCACACAUUCUCAGAGGAGCGCCUACAUUUCAGUCUGGGACGGCAGGACAGCGGUUCUCAACCACAGAGUCCUAGAGAGAGAGGCAUCUGGGUACGACAGAGCUCCAACGCCUCGUCCACGAUGUCAGACGACAGCAAACCGCCAAGCAACUUCUGGGACUUUUUCACUGGCAAGAUACCUGUUGUCAGAAGGAGCCCUUCGCUGCAAAACUUCUUCAACGACCAUUCACAGUCUGAAAAAAAUUAAGUGAAAUGGAAGAUGUUUUUGGAAGAAUAAGAUAUUUUGAUAACUUUUAACCACUUGGAGGACAUGCUCUGAACUCAUGACAUCCCUGAGCCACAAGGGGGUGAUAUUGACACAUUGACAUUAAAGUUGAAGUUAAAUAGAUCCUAUCUAAAUAUUUGCAAUUACCUCCAUUAAUACUGGACUCUGUUGGGUUGGUUAAAAAGCAAGAUUUCCUCCAAUAAGAAUUAAACUGCUCAGAGAGAGCACUGCCAUUUCUAGUGGCAGAAAGGACAAAAUAUCUAUUGACUGAGUUGGAGCCAGGCCUUCUUUGUGCACAACCUGAAGAUCAAGGUAGUUUCUCUACUCCUCAUAAACUAUAAAUCAUUUUUGACUUAAAAAAAAAUAAUAAUAUAUAUAUAUAUAUGAUUUUAUCUAAUCAUUUUUAAAUAAUCUUAAAAGUAUGUAAUCGCUUUAAAGGUGCAUUCAGUACUACUUUGUCUAGCAUUACUUUAAAAUACUGAUAACACAAUGAUGUUACACAAUGUGCUGCCAUGAUAGUCUCGACGAUACAAGUGAGUUUUACAGAGUGCUCUGCAUAUUUAUUCAUUCCUUUAACAAAAGAGAAGCGGCUUGGGUAUCACUAUUCAGGAUUUUUUCCAUCAUCAAAUCUUUCCAGCUUCUGAAUGCCGUAACGCUGUUGACGCUUGUUUUUUUUUUCGUUGUCGGUCUUGUCUCUGCUCUUAAAGCAGGUUAAUAAGUAUGUUAUGCUGUCAAAUUUCGUUCUGUCCAUCACUAAACAACACUACACUGAGAGUAACUACAGAGGCGGGAGCCGAUAAGGCUGAUGAUUCUCUCCGUCUUUUCAAAAUGGAGAAAUACUGAGAAGGGAUACAGCUACGGCCAGAAGUCACACACCUGUCAUACUGUGUUGUUGUGUUUUAUUAACGUCUGCCCCAACCCUAAACCAAACCUUACAAUAAUACAAUUACAGUAACUGAUUACAUGAAAAAAACACUAUAGUAAUUUAUAGUAAAUACUAUAGUGUUUUUGAAACAUACUAUAGUAAAGUGUAUUAUACUGUAUAUUAUAGUAUUUACAACACUUUGUUAAUGAAUGCUACAGCAUACUGUAGUAUUAACUAUAGUGAACCGAUAAACUGUAAUAAAUACUGUAGUAUACUUUAGUUUUUACUGCCGUAAACUGUAAUGUAUUGUAGUAUAAUACACCCUAUUGUUACAGAAAACGUAGUACCCCCUUUUUCUUUUGAGAAAAGGUGAGUUUAGUCUUAUGUGCGUCUACAGCAUUAAAAUGACUUUAUAAACAAACACACAAAACUUUUUAAAUUAACAUCAAACUACUGAAUGCACCUUGCCAUGACGUUUUCAGUCUCUAAACAGUGAAGCAUGAACGUUACUACUACCAUAAUGUUUUUUUACUUGAGGUGUUUGCAAAUUAUAUUUU